UUCACCGAAAAGCUAACUUGGUUUGACGCACAGAGUUCCUGCGCCCUAAUCAACAGCAACUUAACGUCAAUUCACAGUGCAGAGGAGAACGACUUUGUGCGCAAACUUGUACCGCCUGGUUCGCCUUCUGUAUGGAUUGGUUUCGCCGACUUAUACAGCGAAGAUGACCGCUUUGAAUGGGUUGAUGGCACGUACAAAUCAUUUACAAAUUGGCAUUAUGGUGAGCCAAAUAACAUGGGACCUUAUGGAAGCAACGAAAACUGUACGGAGUUUCGUUCUUCAGACGGAGGUUGGAAUGACUUGAACUGUGCCUUCUAUAAUAAAACUUAUGUAUGUGGUAAAAAAUUGAAUCCUUAG